UUGUUUUUUAGGUGAUCAAUUGUGUGACUGGUUGCCAAGAGUGUGUAAAUGACAUUGCAGCAGCAGAGGUGCUGUCCUACCUCCUCCUUACUCUACAGAGCAUACCGCAGUGUCGUUUAUUGACCCUGGAGAGCCUGUUUGCCCUAAUGUCAAGCACAAAGGUAGUGAAGGAAUCCAUGACCAAGGGAGCCCUUAUCUAUCUUCUUGAUCUCUUCUGUAAUGCCACACAUCCACAGAUUCGUGAAAAAACUGCAGAGCUGUUUGCAAAGAUGUUAGCAGACAAACUGAUUGGGCCGAAGGUCCGUAUUAUUCUGAACAAGUUCCUUCCUGCAAUAUUCAUGGAUGCCAUGCGGGAUUCACCUGAAGCUAGUGUCCACAUGUUUGAAGGUUCUCAUGAAAACCCAGAAUUGAUUUGGAAUGAUGAGGCAAGGGAGAAAGUGUCUGAUACAGUGCGCAAACUCAAGGAUGGGCAUUACAAAGCCCAAAGAGAAGAUGCAGACACAAAAUGGAACUUGAAAGAGGACUUUGCAGUGGUUUAUACAGAUGUUGAGGGGGAGCUCAUUGUCGGUGGAGUGAUUCUUCGACUCUUCAUCGCCAAUCCAGCAUGGGUAUUGCGUCGACCAAAAGAGUUCUUGACAGAACUCCUGGAAAAGUGGACACAGUUAACGGACAUGACUAACCCUAAUGGAGAGGUACUUGAAACAGUGACAACUGCAGUGGUGUGUCUCUUCCAAACUCAGCAGACAUUACUGGAUCAAGUCCCCCAACUUGGCUAUGUGCCAAGGGUGUUUCAGGUGAUGAGUUCAAGGAAUAAUGCCAUCCCAAAAGCAGCUAUCCAGGUUGCUUACCAGUUGUCUUGUAAUGAGCUGUGCAUACGGAGUAUGGCCACCACAGAAUGUAUUGGUGCCAUGAAGCUUGCAAUGAAAGUGAGACGAGACAUGAUUGCACUGGCUGCAGAAGCUUUGUCCAAGAUGUUUGACAAGGGAGAAGAGGAACUGGUGUCACAGGCACUCAAAAAUGACUUGCUGCCAUUCCUUCUUCGACUACUGGAAGGAGGCCUUGAGGCUGUGGAGAACCCUGCAGCCACCAAAGCUCAGAUUGUGAAGGCACUGAAGGCCAUGCAGAGGAGUUUACUCUAUGGAGAGCAGAUUACAGGGAUCCUUGAAAAGUCAGCUGUAUGGAAGGACUACAAAGAUCAAAGACACGACCUAUUCAUCACCGACUCCAACAUAUCAGGCUAUCUCACAGGACCUACUGGCCCCAGUGUGGCUGGCUACUUGACGGCAGGAACCAAGAUGACAAUGCCAGAUGCCCCUCCCCCUCUGGACACAGGUCAUCAGGAUGACCUACACUGAUUCCAGCCUGCUACCACUAGACAAUAAAGCAACACAUAAAUUACAACACCAUUGUUUAGUCAUUAUCAAUGUAAGAUGGAAAUCAUCUUCACACAAUUUCAAGAUGGUAUGCUAUUGUCAUAAGUUUAGAAUUUAUGUCAACAGUGCCAAUAUUAGUAUUUGUUGAUUGUCUAUUAUAAGCAGCCCAUGAAGAUGUGACUAUUUUAUACUUAAUAUAAUAUGUGUAUUUUUUAUCAGACUGGUAAGACAUUAGUCAAAUUCAAUAUAUAGAAAUUCAUAAGCUUUGGCAAACAUUUCCAGUUAUGGCCAUUUCAUAGUGCUAUGCUAGUCAUUACUUGUUGCUCUGUUCAGCUCAUCUUGACAAAGAUACUUAGUCAAUAUACUGUUCGUUCAAUUAUUAGUAUGGGCAAAACUUCAGCGUAUUGCACUUAGCCACCAGCCACAAAUGGCAACAAUACUUGAGUUUCUAUCCUUUGGAAGCCAAAUAUGAAGGAAAAAAUGAAACUGUUUCUCAUGUGUUGAAUAGUAAAUAUAAUGUACAUAACAUUUACUGGAGAUACAUUGCCAAAUGAUAUUGUAACAAUCUCUGACUCACAGAAAGUAUAAAUAGUGGGCAAAUGUAAUGGCUGAAGCAUGAAUGCAUCACACACAAGAUUAUAUUUUCCCCCACAAUAUUCUAUUAGUGAGCGAAGUUUGUUUAAGGCUAUACAAAUUAUUUUGUUUACAUCCCUGCCAGUCCAUGGCAUGUUAUUGAGAGGAAGAUUUUUGCUGUAUACUUUCGCUACAUGGUGGAGUAUGUCAUAUGUUCAUAGUUCUGUUUGAAUCACAUCAAUCAAUCAAUCAACUGUACCUGUCAAAUAUUUAUGUUGUAGCCUGUUCAUCCAUUUCACAUCUUCUGUCAAGAUUCAAAUCUGAUUUUUAUAUGGCCAACAUGGUAGCCUUAUUAAGAAACAAUGUCUGUUUGUUCAAACUGUAACUGAGGGGCGGUGGGGUAGCCUAAUGGUUAAAGCGAUGGCUAGUCAUGUCGAAGACCCGAGUUCGAUUCCCCACAUCGGCACAAUGUUUGAAGCCCAUUUCUGGUGUACCCCGUCGUGAUAUUGCUGGAAUAUUGCUAAAAGCGGCGUAAAACCAUACUCACUCACUCACUCAAACUGUAAUUGAAUUUGUCAUAUGUGUAAUUUGUUGGUUGUCUCCACCCAUUCUGCACCCAUUUCUGCAUCAAUUUCUUCUUUGAAACCAUUGCAGAGAUGAAGCUGAUCGCUGUUUUUAGUUGGAAUUACCUACCAAUUUGUUGCUGUAAAAUUAAGACAUGUACUUAGUGUCAUAUGUUUCACUUCUUGUGAUAUUUUAGAUUUUAAAAUUUAUUUGACCUUUCUUAUUUAUUGGUUUCCCUUUACCUCCUAGCAAGUAUUUCCCCACAUCAAAAAUAUCAUUUCCUCAGAAAAAACUGACCAGUGGCUCAGAUCCAAAUUGACAAAAAUAUUUAUUUUUCAUAUUCCUAUCAAGCAAUGAACAGUUACAGAUUAUUAGAAAAUUCUUUUAAAUGUUUGCAUUUAUGUGCAUGACAUGCUUCGAUUUAGAAGUUUUUGAACCUCUGUGUACAUGAAAUAGAACUGAUAGAGUAUAAACUGUGAUAAAGUGUUUGUUAAACAUAUGUAAGUUUUUAAACUGGACCUUUCACUUGUUAGAUUGUGCAACAUUAUUAAAAUGAAAAUAUAUGAAAUUUGGCACUCAUGCAGGAGUGGUUGUUUUUGCAUGUUUGAACCCGACUGUUAUGCUCACUUAGCAGACAGUUUUCAUGAAGGGGUUUUAGUUCAGGUUUUGUGAGAAAUGAUCAAUAAACACCUUGAAACAUCGUUAUAUUUAAACUGUUGUCUUAAACUUGCUGAUAGUAGUAUGAGAUGCAAGAACAGUUGUGUUUACCGGUAUUUAUACAACAGAAGGUAUCUUGUUUAAGGUAAUACUGAAAUCAAGCUAAUUUCUGCAACCAAUUGAUAUAUUCUGAAAGCUUUCUUAUGAUACUUGCUUGUGCUUAAAAACAAACUGAUAUUCAAUUAUUCUGAUGUAAUUAUAUAUUGCCUAGUAUGUUUCUGUUGUUUGUUUGCUUUAAUCUUUAUUUGCCAUUUAUAGAACAAUAAUAAAGAACUUGGCAUGUAUCUGGUUAUGAGAAAGGUUGAUAAAGCAGGCAAAUAGUAACUGUCAAUCAAGUUUGUCUGUCAAUAAGAAAAGCAAAUGUUCCAAGUGUGUACAUGAACUUGACAGAAAUCAUAGAUAUCCUUAAGAUGUGUCUCAGUAGUCAAUAUCUUAACAGCAUAUGCAACAAGUAUAUUGAAAAAGGAUCACAUAAUAUUUUGAGAAAUAUUCUCGAAUAUCAUUUCUUGUACACAGUAUAACUUGUUUGGACAAUCAUGUUACUCUGAUUUAGGCAGGAAGUUCCACUAAAUGUGACUCAAGCAUGAUAAACGCUUGUGGUUAAUCUAUCAUCAUGUGUAUAUACUUACUGUGGUGAGGAGGGGCGUACAUUAUGUGCAGCUUCUUCUCUGUUGUGUUCCUAGGAAAGAAAGAAGGUGACUGUUGCUGUAAUGACCAUAUAUAGUGGAUUUGUACAUGGGCUAGGAAAGAGUGUUGGAAUAGACAGAGUUGUUUAUGAUAUAAUAAGGGACUGUACAUCGAGCCUACUGAAUAGUGAAUAAUAGCAAGAGAUGUGACUGGGUACAAAGGAUGAACUUCAUGGGGUUGCUUUUAUGGUCAAAGGAUUUUCAGUCGCUUAUAUUUACCCUACAGGCCAUUAAAAUCUCAUUAUGUAUUCAGUAAGUAUGAAGACCUAUGGUAUUCACUGAACUUCAAAUGAGCAUCCUUAUAGUCAGUUUCAUACUCAUGAAACUAUUGAUUAUGAAUAUAUUUGUGGAGUAAAGUAGCACACACUGGCUCCUGGCACAGUAUUUUGUUUGUCUACUUCAACUGUUGGUAACUGUUGACUUGCAUUAUAAAUACAUGUCAUAUAAUCAUGUCAACAUGGCUCUGUUUCUGUAUGCUAAGAUAGAGUGUAUAAGGGAACGAGUGACAUAUGCCUAGAGUGAGAAUCUAUUGAAACAGGCACGAUUACCUUUAUCAUGUAUAUACUUUGUGUAUAGUACAAUUAUGCAGUAUACCUGUUGAUAAUGUACUCUUUAGCUUUCAUAUGACUAUUUUAUGAAGUGUUAAGGAUUGGACAUCAUCCAAUGUACAGAUUUGUUAGUACUGCAUUGAGUAUGUUAAAACCAUCAAAGAUAUAAAUUUGUUGACAUAUGUAA